UCAUCUUUAAGUCUUUCAAGAGCACAGAAUUUCUCGAUUUUCUAUGUCCAGUUUUUACAGUUAUAACAACAUUCUAACAUUACUUACCGAUUAACUUUGUUCACAUAAUCAAUUAACUCCUUUUAAUCAAUUAGAUUAGAUUUUUUUUUUCUCAUGAAUUUAUUUCUUUAUUUGAAAAUAUGUCUACUUGUAAAUUCUUUUCAGGCAUUAGGUUUUAUGGAAGGUCAAAAUCAUCAAUGUAUUCUAUGUAAAUGUAAUAGUUUUACACCAUGUACAACUAGUCUUAGAUAUUGUUCUAAAUGUAACCAUUCAUGGACAUUUCAUGCAAUAGAAAACUUUGUAAUUUAUAUCAAUCAUUUCAAUGAGCAAUUCAUAUCAGCAUCAUCAAAUAGCCUAUUAUAUAUUUUUAUAAUUUUGUACCAAUUAACGAAUUUAAUUCUUUAUGGUUGUCAAUUCAUUCCAAUUCGAAUGAAGUUUUUAUUGGAUCAUUUCAGUAAGAUUUAUUUAACAAAAUAUCAAUUUGAAGAAAUUUUAAAAAUAUUUGGUUGGUCUUUAAUAGACUAUACACGUGGUUACAUGAUAAAUAAUUGUAAACAAUCAAUAUUGAAUAUGUGUACACCUGAUGAAGAGUAUAUAAUUUUAAAAGAAAUUAAAAAUUUACCAAAUUUGAAAUUAUUAGCUGACAAUUUAUUAAAAACUAUUCAACUUGAUCUUAUUCAAGAGACAGAUAUAACAAAUAUGAAUAUUAUACAAAAUAAUGAUUUAUGCAAAGUUCCAUUGGCUUCUGUGUCAUUCUUGAAUAAUAAUAAUAAUAAUAAUAAUAAUAAUAAUAAUAAUAAUAAUAAUGGUCAUGAUAAGUUUUCAUCGAUAGUCAGUUCAAUUCCUGGUGAGAAUGUUCGCUCAGUUGGUCAGAUUCCUGAUGAUGAUGAUAAUGAUCAGACUAACUUUCUACAACAUAAUCAAUUUAAAGGACAAGAAAUAUUGAAUAUGAAAAAUGAAAUAUUCAGUGUAAAUCCCGAUCUUUUACUGAAUUGGAUUAGUAAAUUUCCAUUGAAUAUGUUAAGCUAUCAAAAUCAAACUGAAAGAUUAAUUAAUCAAAUGAAAAAUCUUAAGAAUAUUAUUCCUACUUAUUGGACAGAUAGUCUUGGCAAAGAAGCUAGACAUAUUUAUUCAAAUCAACCUCAACAAUCUGAUAAUGUUUCAACUGAAGAAAGUAUACAGAAUAUACAAGUAAUAACUACUGAAUAUGCUUAUGAUCAUUAUUCUUUGAAAUAUCCAUGUAUUCCAAUUACAAUAAAUCAGACUUUAAUAAAGAGUAAGAAAUUCGAACAAAGAAAUAAGAAGCGUGUUAUGUGUCCAAAUUGUAGGAAGACAUUCUGUGAUAAAGGAGCACUUAAAAUCCAUCAUAGUGCAGUUCAUUUGAAAGAAAUGCAUAAAUGUACUAUAAAUGGAUGUAAUAUGUGGUUUAGUUCAAGACGAAGCCGUAAUCGUCAUUCAGCCAAUCCUAAUCCACGUUUACAUAUAUUACAUAUGAAUAAAAAUAAUGAAAAUCACAAUAAUGUUGUAAAUUAAAUUAUGUUAUUCCUCAAGUGUAUUUCGGUACUUCGAUUCGUUAAACGCUUUAUGAUGCUGUUUCUUUCUAUAAUUCUUCCACUCAUAGACUUAGUAAAUCACUACAAUUGAACACCUCCAAUAACGGAUAUCAUCGAAAUGACAAUCUUCUUUUCUGAAUAGACGCUUUCUUCUUCAACAUUGUCAAUAAUGAAAAUAAUGGGACUGGAGUUGAAUCAAUGGUCUAAUCGGUUGAUGAUUAAAAGUUUCGAACCUCAGUUUUAUUUUUUUUUUUGAAUGUUUUUGAAUUACCAAACAUAUGACACAGUUCGAACCAACUUUUUAUUUUUUCUUCUAACCGUACAUCAUGAGAUUAUUGCAAUUCAAAAUAAAUAAAAUAAUAAAAGAUAUUGGAAUUUCAGAUUA